AUGUAUUUCAAGCCAUCUCUGACGCGCUACAUCCCUGUAUGCAUUUCUCCACUUCUGCAUCAAUGCCGGAAGCUAACGAAUUCCGGCGACGCUGGUGUGAAGGGAAACACAGGCGGUAGUGUGAGCCCCUGUGGGAGUCCUGAUGAAACCGAUUCAGGCACUUGGCGCAGCGCGGCGCAGGUCACGCCGAUAGUGCUCCACAGUGGCAGGGGAAACUGCGUCAAAGAGGCACCCGUCCCCAACACACUCCCUACCAGACACCGCGAGAGUAUAGGAAGUCGUUCACAAGACGUUUCUACUGUUGCAGCCGAUGGCGAAUCAACUGUACCAGACCACGGUCCCCUCCGACCCACCGGUCUUUGGAAGGUGGAGGAAGUUGUGGACGCUACGAAGGCUACGGUUGACUUCAGGCGUAUUGACGAAGUGGAAAGUGAAGUCGUGGAGGCUAUUUCCCAGUCAGAUAGUUCCCUGGUGCCGUAUGAUGAAGAGGAGCAGUGGAAACACAAACUUAUGUUUGUGCACAAGUUCAGGAAAAGUCCAAAACAUUUGACAUGGCGACAACUUGGAGAGGAGAUUGAAUGCAUGGAUUGUAUCAUCGAUAUGGACAAGCACAGGCCCGAAGAGGUGUUCACCAUAUCUUUUUACUUCACAGACAAAAAAACUGGAACUCGGGAUGUGGUCUGGACGGCUCGUAACGACGUAUCGCAUUCGGAAGGAUUAACCGACUUACUUGCCGCCAUUGGUGCGUGCCUGGGUCGUGCUGACGUUCAUCGAACCAUCCGAUUCGACGAUGGCAUGGGAGUUACACGAGAUAUUUCCAUUCGCAAACUAUCACGUUACACUUCCGACGUUACAGUCGCCUUCCGACCACCAGAAAAGUACAACAAAUACGCUCGUAAAUCUGAAAGGGACGAGUACGAGCAAAGUGCAACAGUGGAGGAUAGGAGCACUUGGGGAUUCCAUCCGGCACUUAUGGAUCGUGAUUACACCGCUCUCGACUACGAAGAUCCGUCUGGAACCUAUGUCAUUGCUCUUUCGGCUCAUGCCUUUAGCUACAUAAUUCUAAUAUGCAUAAAUCGUCUGCUGGAAAGACCAAUGAAAGAUUUCUAUCGGCCUUCCCAGCUGAUGCGCACAGCAAAGGUGCGGAUGCACGAUACUGUUGGUGUUAGUCACGCCGUGAAGGGAUGGAUGGGCAUUGAGGAAUUGAUUUAUCCACACUACACACCUGUCGAAGCAAUACAGGAACAUUGGCUUGGAAAGGAUGCACCAUUUAGUAUUGUCGCCAUCAUCAAUAAGUUACGUGAAAUGACUUACCUGAAGAAGGAGAAUCCAGAGCUCCGUUCUUGGCUCUCUGUACGCCAUUAUGACACACAUACCGCUAUACGAAACCUGAAGGUGAAAAUGUUAGGAGUUGGCGCAAGCUCACUCUUCCUACCUGUAUCACAUAACCCCACGGUGAACCGCCUCCUUCCGAGGUCACAACAGCGACGACUGGAAAGUAGUUUCUCGCUUAAUGCUGUUCUUGGCAUGCCCGACGAAACGCGACAAAUCGAUGAGUUCAAGAAGAUUACUGGAUGUGAGUGUACUAACGAAAUCGGGGAUACCAAGAGCAGUACUGAAAAAAAGGACACUAUCGAAAAGUAA